AUGUAUUCUUUAAUUUUAUUAUUUAGUGUAAAUAAAUCUGGCACACCGUGCGGCAUCAACACUGUAUCUCUAACGCAACUCUGCUCUGUCACAAAAAAACCGCGCACGCAACUCAACCCUGUUAUGAAAAAACCACGCACGCAAUUCGACCCAGAAAACGAUUUUCGCACGCAACUCGGAACCGCCGGAAGUCAUAACAUAAAUAUUUUAAUCGAAAGAUUCGCACAGAGAACAAAAAUUAAAAAACUACACAAAGCAAUAAAAAAGGCGAAAGGAAACAUAAAAGAAAUUGAAAACAGGGAACAACCCGAGAACAAACACCAACAACGAAGACAUAAGAAAGUUACCGAAAACAUUGAUAAAAAUCCAGGAGGGCUUCGAGAAUCUUAUAAAUUUUAUCAAGUCCAUUGA